AUGGACGAUAGCAACAUGGACUUGACAAUUGACGCCAUGUGGUUGUUCCUAGCUAUUUUUCUCAUCACUGCAAUAAUCAUUAAGGUUGCAAAUGCAAGAGUUACCUCCGAUCCAGGGUGUACACGAUCACCUCCACCUAUGCUCAAUAUAAUUGCUCUCCUAAAACUCUUACCUACCUUGUGUACAAAGGGCCCCGAAGUUACAAUGACCUAUCUAUAUAACAAGUUUGGUAGUGUGUUCACAAUAAGUUUUCUUUGGAAAAGAAUAAGCUUCUUGGUUGGGCCAGAGGUCUCUGGUCUUUUCUUUCAAGGUUCGGAGUCCGAGGUUUCCCAAGGUAAUACGUUUGAGUUCACUGUGCCCAUGUUUGGCCUGGAGAACGGAUUUGCCGUAGAUUACAGCACCCGAAUCCAGGAGAUUCACUUCUUCAUUGACGCUCUAAGGCCAUCGCAGCUGAGGAGCCAUGUUGACCCCAUGCUUCGUGAAGUGGAGGUAAGGUUUGCGAAAUGGGGAGAAGAGGGGGUAGUCGAUCUGAAAGAUGAGCUCAACCAGAUACUCAUGUUGAUCUCAAGUCAAUGCUUACUUGGAAAUGAGGUUAGAGAAAAGCUAUUUGGUGAGAUUUACACAUUGUUUAGUGGAAUCGAAGGGGGGGUGAACUUGGUGAGUUUCAUGCUCCCAUAUUUCCCUGUUCCGGCAAACCACCGACGAGACAAAGCACGAAUCAGACUUAUAGAGAUUGUUUAUGAUAUUAUGAGGUCAAGAAAGACAUGCGGCCGUGUCGAGCAAGAUGUCCUCCAGAAAUUGAUGGACUCUAGGUAUAAAGACGGUCAUCGUACAACAGAAGCGGCGGUCGCCGGGAUGAUCAUCGCAUUGAUAUUUGCUGGAAAACACACAAGCUCAAUUGUAUCCACCUGGACAGGAGCUUGCCUAUUGACCCAUACAAAGUUUUUAGAUGUUGUUGUGGAAGAGCAAAGGGAAAUAAUGAGAAAAUAUAAGGACAAGAUAGACUAUAAUGUCUUGUCAAAGAUGGAGACAUUGCAUAGUUCUAUCAAAGAGGCAGGACGCAUGCAUCCAGCGACACUAGGUUUGAUUCGCCAAACACAAAAGAAUAUCACUGUGAGGACAAAAGAAGGAACUGAAUAUGGCAUCCCGAAAGGUGACACCUUAGUAAAUCUUGUAAUGCUAACCAGUAAGUUAUCACACAUUUACAAGGACCCUGAAGUGUAUGACCCAUACCGUUUUCGUCCUGGAAGAGAGGAGGAUAAAGUUGGUGGUAAAUUCUCAUACGCAAUAUUUGGCGGUGGAAGCCAUGUUUGUCCCGGGGAGGCCUAUGCUUUCUUGCAAAUUAAAAUUAUAUGGAGCCAUUUGCUGAGAAAUUUUGAACUCAAACUCACUUCUCCUUUUCCCAAGACAGAUUGGAGCAAGUUCAUGUUAGAGCCUAAAGGGAAAGUGCUGGUAAACUAUAAGAGACGUCAUCUGGAAAGCAACUGA